AUGAAACACAAAAUACCAACUUUGGAUCUACUCAAAACAACCAGGCCAACCAGUAGAAAUGAUUCCAGAUAAUAGUCUCAUGUGUCUUUUCGUAUUACUUUGCAAACUCCCAAAUCCACUGCAAGGUACAAUCAUCCCCAGACUUCAAGAAUAAUCGAGUAAUCCAUACUUAAAAAUGAUAUUUCUUAACUCAAAUCAAAACAUCGUAAAGCCAAGACUGAGACUGAUCCUCUUGUAUUUUGGGAUCAGGUUCAGAACUUUGGACACUAGCGUACCAUAGAACCACCAAAAUUUAAUCAGGAGAAGCAAACAUAAUUGUACCAAAAACUUAAGAAAAUGAAAUUGGAAAAGGAGGAAAAAAUACGAAGAGAACAGGAAGAAUCAGAGAGAAUCAAAAUACUGGAAUUGGAAAGAAAACACAAGGAGCAAUAGGCUUUGGAACUAGAAAAAAAAAGAAUGUUGGAUUCUUAAAGGUAUCAAGAGUACUUGGCUGAAAGAUACAAAAUCGAUAGAAGAUUCUCCAUCUUCACUCUAGUUAAUGCUCUAAUGUUGAGACAAUUGCAUUCCAAGCCCACCUCAUUCAGAUUGGCCAAAUUGAUUGCCAAUCAAUAUCUCAAUCUCUUAAAUUACAAAGCCAUCUUACACAAAAUCAACAUGCAGCAAUCCCAACCACUCCAAAUCUCUCAAAUCCUCUAAGGGAAUGCCGAGCAAUUGGCUCAAUUGAAGAAUGUAUAACAUCGAUUGAAUGAAGGCCUAAUAAUCAGGAGAAAACAAACCAGAGUAUUCUUGAACAAAUAAAAAACAAUCUAUGAACAAAGUCAGGUGCCACCUCAGUUCUCAGAACCUGUACUCAAACGCAUCCGAUUCCUCCAGGCUUGUCUGAGACUGAAAGUGUUUAAAUUAAAUAAAAAAAAUGUCGAGCCAAAACAAAAAGUCAAAACCAAUAGAGUACAUCCCAAUAGAGUCAAGGCACUUAAGAAAAGAUUGGAUGACAUCGAUUUCAUUAAGGCCAAUUCACCCUCUUUCAAUAGUCCACUAUCAUCUCCUGGACAACCUGUUAAUAAUCCAUUAGGUUUAUUUUGCACACUCUAUAAGGUUACUGAUACUCUCAAAAACUAUGACAGAAUCAAAACAUAAAAAAUGAUACAAAAAACUAAUGAUUAUUUAGUUAAGAGAGUAUAAUCUUUAUAUUAUCCAGUUAUAAGGUAUGUCUCUAUCUUCUACAAAAACGUUGUUGUUUGGUCAAUUCAAUAUUCCGAUAUUACAUUGGAUCGCACCUGCAUUGUGUUAUUUUUUAAGGGUGAAGGCAGAUCCCAGUACUUCUAUCGUUUGGACAUCCCAAUCGGAGCAAUUCAAAAGGAAGAUAUCGGAGACUAGAACUGCAUAACUGUCUGGCCCACUGUUCGCGACUAUCUAAUGAGCUAUCUAGAAUUGAAAGGACAAUUGGCCCUAUUAAAUCAAACUAGGUAUGGAUGUGCCAAAAAUUACAAGUUGAAUUUCAUCCAAGGCCUAUCCAUGCGUUCUAGAAAGAACAUCACUGAAGAUGACAUCAAUGCGAUUGUGGAGACUAAGGAAAUCCUAAAUUACCUGUAGACAUCACAAAUAGUGAGAAUACGAAAGAUAUUUGGAUCGGUCUAUGAGUUAUUACCUUAAUUCUAAGAUUGUAAUCUUCUCUCUGAUGCCACUCAAUACAUCUUGAAUUUACCUCUUGUUCAUGAUACAAUUUUACAAUUAAGAAUACUUGAGCAAUAGAUCCUCGAAUAUCGACGUAACAUUUAUAAAAAACCAUAGGAUUUAUCGACAAGAUAUAGGGAUUUCAUUGAAAGAAAUAAAAGCAUAUUCAAUUAAAUUCUGGCAUUCCGUUUUGCUCAUAACAAUAGUAUGUUUUUUUAGGAUUAGAUGAUUGAAGACAUCUAUGAUCUCUCUCAUAAAUCCAUUUACAUACAAUGUGCAACGAUCAACAUCCAAGAUAUCUUGAAUCAUUAUGACUUCUAAAUUUGCAACUAAAUCAGCAAAUACUGUCUGAUAAGUUUGCAUUUGACACUCAAAAGCCAAUUCCAUUUCGACGAUUUACUAUUUAAUGCAUAGAAGCAUUCAGUCAGAACAGGAUUUCAAAACAUAGCUGAUUUCUUUGAAGUUGAUUAUUCGCACUUCGACUGGAAAUUCAAUUAGGAUUAUUUCAAAGCAAGAAUCGAGGUGACCGUUUUUGAGAGAGACAAGUCCCUCAAAUGGAGUGAGAAGUAACUGUCUCAAGACAUCAAACAGUCCAGAAGUGAACGUGCCUUCAAACCAUUGAAAAUGCAAUUGGAUGACUUCUGUAAAUUGGGGUAAGCCUUACAAGAAACUACAUUCAAAAAUGGAGACAUUCAACAGUGCAAUUUUGAUUAGAUACUUAAAAACAUCAUAUCGGAAUAAUGUUCUUAUUCAUAGGUAGCUGAUCUCGUAUUGAAAAAUGCAUUUACUUUGGAUAUAAAAAAUAGGAAGAUCAUCAUACAACCGAAGUAUCUUCACAUUCUAUCAAAAACCCAUAAUUUUAUUUAAAAGAUGGAUCAUCAAAGUUUAUACAAUAAAAUCGAUUGUGUGUUUAAAUACAGUGUGUAUCCCAACGAAUAACAUGACAUUAGAAGAGGCUUCGAAAAUAGGGAGAAAGAGAAUCAGAUAGCAUAGUUGUUGCCAUUCAAUAAGCUAUUUCAGGACAUAAAUCAAAUUGACAUGAGAAUAACUGUCGAGGCUCGAAAAAUUGAAUAAGUGACUGAUUACGCGUUUGAUUUCCAGGAUUAGUGGAGUGAUCUACAUAAGCAAACCAUGACAUACAACAAAUACUAAACAUUUGAAAUGUUUUAACGCAAGUUCCUAUUUAUUGAUCAAGGCAACUUCAUGAAGAUAAUCUACAUAAAGCAAAAUCAAUCACCCAUCAUAUUGUAUUUGUAUGAUUAACAUCUAAUUCAUCAAAUUUCUAAUUGCUAGAGAAUGAAUAAACACGCAAAAUGUUAGAUCUUAACCGGCAUUAUUCGCGUGUUGUAUUCCCCCACAUCAUUCUUGUAUUUGAAAGAUCAUCGAGUUUACAACUACUUAAAGGUCUAAUUGCCCAACUAUCAUCAGAUCAAAGUGUUAUUAGUUAGCAAUUCAAAGAAGCUCUUGCAAUUCCUGGACAGAUUGGAUUACAUAUACAUCUUGAAAUUGUGGAACAAUCAAUAGUGUUAUGUUCAUGUGAAGGUGUAUUACAUAUAGGACCAGAAAUAAUAAAAGGGGUCGGAGAAGAUCUUUGUUUAUGAUGGGGAACACCUAUUUGUGAGUGUGGAACUCUAUGAAUUCAAUUCGAAACUGAAGAAAUACAUUUUAUUAUUUAAUAAGUAUGAUUUAGAACUUUAGUUUGACGUUGAAAAGUAUUUUGAUUCAAAUAUCAUAUUCAAUUGGUGCAAGGCCAUCAUAUCCAAUACGAAAUUCGAUAAGAGAUUCUUGUAUAGAGUGCCCCAGAUUAUGAAGUACAAUCAAAACCAAUCCCCUGUGAAUUUGAAUAAAUACAUGCUCAAUUCCUUCUUCAACCGACAGCAGUCCAUCAAUGUGAACUAUAAUGAGAAGGUGACCAGAUGCACAUUCAAUGAGUUUCCAAAAAAUAAUUUUGAUCAAAACACCACUGAUAAGAACUAUUUAAAUACGGUUCAUAGAAUUUUCAGAGUUAUUGGACACUACAUAUAAAAGUUUUAUGUGAUCAAAUAAAAAAACAAAGUAAAAAUAGUUAAUGAAAUGCGAUUCAAAGAUUUGAAAAAUGUUAAAUUAAUAAAAUAGGAAUUUGUUAUUAUUUCCAUCCUAGCCCACACCUACUUAGACAUGUUUUAGAUUCUCUAUUACUUCCCUAAAAGUAAAAGAAAGUUGAUGACUUACAUAAACAUUUUGCAUUUUUAGGAAAUGGACUUUAAAGAUCAUGUCAUUUUCAAUUUGAUCGACCAUCCCUAAUUUACAGAUUACAAUGAUCUAAGUAAUAAAGAGAAGGGAACUCAAAUUAAUGUUAAGAAGCAUCCAUAAUUGGAUAUGAAUUUAAUCCAAAAGAUCAAAUUAAUAAAGAAGGCUGAACAAUCGCCUUUUGAUUUGCAAUCAGCUAGAUAAAAGAAAAAAUUACACUCGAGAAUUGGAUUCGCCUAGAUAAGCAAUGAGAUUCUAAUGAAAAACAAAGUGAUCAAGCAAGCCAUCAAUCAGAACAAUUAAAUCUCAGACAAUGUAAUGAAGUUCUUGGGUUUCACUAGAAAAUUACAUAAUAAUGAGGAUAAUCGUAAUAAAAUGAUUGAGAUCUAGAUUUGGAAUAGGUUACUAACUGAAGUGUUUUUGUUGAAUUUAGAACAAGAUAAGAAUUUCAGUAACUUCAACACUCUGAUGGAUAGAUUGAUAGAGACAUUUGAAGACAUCUCAGAUUAGAAGAUCAAAAUAAUAGGGAAGGAGCAUCUGAUGAAGAGACAAUCUAUGGAGAAUUCUAGAUACAAUUACAAAGUGUAGACGGAGUUGACUGAGAAGUUUGAAAAAUUGAUAAUAUCCAAUCAUGUGAGAGUCACUCAACAAUUCAAGUUUUCUAAGAGUAGAUACAGCUUGAACACUAAUUUCUCGGAUAGUCAGAUUAUGGAGUUUAUUUGCAGUGCACAAUUUCGAAUUGAAAGGUUGGGAUCAGCUUAUGUAGAAUGCUUUUUGGAACCCUUGAAUAACAAAAGAACAGAUAUCUUGAAGCCCUUGAAUCCCAUGCCCUAUUCUUCCUCUUCCAAUUACAAUAUCUAUUUUAGAUAUUAUUGUUUAACCAACUAUUUCUUCAAGGACAUUAGAGUCAACCUUAGGGAACUAUUGAAUUUGUUUAUAGCAGAUGGCUUUUUCAAAUCCUAGACCAAUUACAUGAAUAGCAAAUUGUCCAUUUCUGACAUCAUCAAUAUGUGUCACUACUUGACUUACAAGAUCAAGACUCAGAACUACCUGAAUUUGUCGUAAUUGGCUCUGCAGCAUUAAGAAACGGCCAACACUCUAAGGAAGUACAUAAUUACUGAAAGUGUGGAUCAGUUCUAAACGGACAAGAAGAAGGAUGGGGAAGGGUACAUUUAUAGUGAAGUAAUAAAGAAAAAGAACAAACACCUAGUGUUGUUGUAAUUGCAAUUAUUCCAUACACAACAUAAAGUGAUUGUAAAUCUAUUCGAAAAUAAGACAGAUUACUUUUAGUAGAAGGAGUUGACAUUCACUUAUAUUUAAUCUGUAGUGCCUAAUUUUUAAUUCCUUAUCAAGACAAGCAAUUAUUUUAAGGCUCUAUAAAGAUUAGUAGAAGUACUUAAACAAAAAUAAUGA